AUGCCAGCCAUACACUAUAACGACGAACCAUUCAAACACGUACGGAACAUGGAGUUCUCUCUCCUAUUCUUUGUGCUGGUCGAGUUGAUUUCCGCCUCCGCCGGAUUCCUUCUUAUGGAACCAAAAUCCGAGGUUGACUACAAUGUCGUCAAAGUGUUCUACUUCGUCUGGACUUUGAAUCUUGUCAUCGCUUCACCCCUUUUCGUUGUGAUGAAGUCCAACAUCUUUGCCGCGUACCGUGCAGGAUUUAGAAUAAUUCACCUCACUGCGGUCGUGUACACAUUCUACUCCUAUGACCAACGUGUCGUGUCAACGUACGUCAUUGGAAUCUUUGUUGUUGAGUUUGUCUGUUUGAUUGGCGGAUUUUCGAAUGAUAAGAUGCCGUACCCGGGAAAAUGGAUUGCCAUGAUUGUUGUCAACGAUUCGCAAGAAGACUAUGAUAUCGAGAUGGCGGAUUUCAAAAAACCAAUUAACGAUUUGAUUGUUACAGAGGAUAGCGAACUUGACACAACAUCCAAUUAUAUCAUGACUGGGAACGGAGACGACUCGAACUCGUUGUUUUCUCCCAUUAGAUCUCUAGAUAUUGUUAUUGUUUGA